AUGGUACAAGCCGGGAUAUCAGGGCUUGAUACACCACGAACGGCCCUUGGGGAUGCUACUUAUCUAGGCAGUCAUGCCCUUGACUUCGAUAUUUCACAAGAACAGUCUUUCCAGUCUCCCUCGAAGGACAAUAAUCUAGUUUCGCAGAUGCAAAAUGGCCGCCGUGGUGUUAACAUCCGUACUCCCAGAAGUCGCGCCACUUUAGGGGACAGACGAAAUUUGCCAGCGGGGCUCGGAGGAGGAGAGUUUACGCCUCUGCUGAAGAAUGCGACGAUGAAUAGCGCUCGACGGAAUAACAAAGAGAAUGUUCAGGCAACACCAGCAUUUCUUCGCGCAGGCGGGUUGGACAAGAUUCAGGAAGGUUUUAGCCCAUUACCUGCCGGAUCAGCAUACGGCGAUGAUUCGACAAGAACCGGUUCUUACAUGGCUGGUACGCCGAUGCCGAACAUCGAUAGUAGCACAGCUUCGACGCCUGCAGCUUUAAUACCCCGGCGAAACGAGGGACCUGGGGUUCUACAGGACGGAAAUCAGUUAUCAUUACGUGAACAGGAAACUUUUGUCAACAGGAUUGAGAAUGAGAAUUUCGGGCUGAAGCUUAAGGUCCAUUUCUUGGAAGAGGCACUGAGAAAGGCAGGGCCGGAAUUUAGUGAAGCUGCUUUGAAAGAGAACACUGAACUCAAGGUCGACAAAGUUACCAUGCAAAGGGAAUUGCAGAAAUUCCGGAAGACAUUGACUGCAGCCGAAAAGGAUGUCGAACAAUACCGACAACAAAUCAUAGAUAUGCAGGAAAGAUUCAAGCGGAAGCAUGCUAGUGCUGGACAACAGGAAGAGCUGGAUAGUUUGCGUCAAGUUUUGGACGAGAAAGAGGAUGAACUCAAUCGAGUGCGAAGUCAGGAAGACAAGUACGCUGAUCUGGAGAAUAAAGUCGACGACCUGGAAGCAGACUUGCGCGAAAAGGAUCGACUCAUCAAUGAUCGAGAUGACGAUAUUGACAAUAUGAAGGAUGUUGUUGAAAAACAUAUCAGGACUGUUUCUGAUUUGGAGACAGUUCUAAAGAAAUCACAACACCGAGUAGUGGAGUUGGAAGAGAAGGCACAGGGCCAGUCCAGUGACGAGCUCAGGGAGGCCGAAUCAUUGAUCAAGGAAUUAGAGCGUGGUAUAGAACGUCUAAAGAUUGAAGUGGGAGAGGCCAAGGAAGAUCAUCAAGAAGCCAUUCGAGACAAAAAGCAUGCCGAAGCCAAUCUAGAAGAACUUCAAGAUGAGCUAGCCAACAAGUCUAUUACAACUAAAGGCUUGAGUCGACAAAUUGAGGAAAAGGCCAACCGAUUACAAGACGACCUGGAGGAUCUUCGAGAACGACACCAAAAUCUGAAACAACAAUAUGCCGAUAAAACACGUGAGGUAAAGAAAAUGCAAAAGAAACUGGAGGACUCGAAACAUGAUAGUGAAGUGAAGGAGCAGGAACUUCACGAUAAACUUGAGCAUGUUGAAAAUGAUUUGGACCAAACUAUUCGUGAGCGGAAAGCUCUAGCCACGAGACUCGAAAGUCUCCAGGGCUUACAGAGAGAUUUUCAACAGAGAAAUGAUGAGAAGAAUCUCCUCCAGAGCCGACAUGAAGCACUUACAGCUGAAUCUGCUGGUCUACAGGCAGAUUUGGCUACAGCUAAGGCUUCUAUUGAAGAUCUCGAAGACAAAUUGCAACACGAGAAAACCCUGGCACUCUCUAGUGAACGAGACGUGCGAAAUCAAUACACAGAAAAGCUAGCUCGCCUUAAUAACGAAGUUGAAGACCUCAAAGCAGAAAUCCGAGAGAAAGAGCGCUUGUACGAUGACGAUAUUGAGAACUGGGAGGCCGAAAAACGCAAUCUGGAAACACAAAGAGCCCGUGCCGAAGAACAGGCGGCCAGCCUCCAGAAGACCAUCGAUCGACUUCAACAGACAGAAGGAUCUUUAUCUGGAAGAGAAUCGAAACUUCGAGAAGCUGUUCGCAGUGAGAAAGAGAGACACGAACGUCAGGAGGCACUUCUGACACACCAAAUCAACAAGUUGAACGAGGAUGUCCAGGCUCGACGCGACGCUUUGGAAGAGUCAAGAUCCGAGCUAGCUAGCGUUCGUGAAGAACUCAGACUCAGCCAACGUGGGCAAAAAUCACUGGCUGAGAAGAUCGAGGGUCUAGAAGAUGAAAUCGAGAUUCUGCAAACCAGCCUUGACGAGGAAUGCGAUCGGGACAACCAAGAUACUAAUGCUGCCAAACACGAAUCAGAAAGCCUACGAAGACAGCUACAGAACCUGAAGCAAGAUCUUGCUACAGCAGAAGCCACAGCCAAGAAAACCAUUAGCAGACUGGAAGAACGCAUCCUGGAAUUGGCAAGUCAGCCGGGAUCGGGUGAUCAGCAGACCGAGUCUGCUCAUGAGCUUUCUGAAAUUAAGCACGAUCUCACAGCACUGCGUCAAAAGGAGAAUGAUUACAUUCAACGUGAGACCGCCCACAAAGACAAAGUCAAGAGUCUCAAACGACAAAUUACUGAGCUUGAACGUAAAGUGCACGAGGCGGAUAUGGCACGUUUUACCGUCGCCUCUUCACCAGCUUCCGUUGGUGGCUCCGCUCACAAAGAAGUCGCCCAUCUUCGUCAUCAGCUCUCGGAAGCACAUCAGUCUCUCAAAGAUCUCCGUUCCCGAAUGAAGGAAUCCGACAAAGAAUCAGCACGGAAACUCAGUGCCAUGAACAUCAAUUUUCAACAUCAAGAACAAACUUGGGAAGCAGAGAAAGAUCAGCUGGAGCGUCAAUUGGAUGAACUACGCUUUACAAAAGAUGAGCUUUCAACUCGAAAUGCCUCUUUUGAAGCAGCUAUCAACAGACUCAGCGAUAAGAUUGAUCGUCUCCAGAAAGCGCUCAUGUCCGAGCGAGCAAAUAGCGGUGAAGGUCACACCAUAGCUCUCGAACGUCGAGACCUCCACCAAAUGCUCCAGGAAACUCAAAUCCAGCGUGAAAGUCUCGAACUCCUCAUCAAGGAACGCGAACUUGCAAUACAAACUGUAAGCGCCAAGGAAGCUGAGCUUCGCAGCAGUCUCCGUCGUGUCCGCGACGAGCGUAACCGAGAACGUGCCAGAGCACUCAGCGCCAAAGAACAAUUGGAGCUUCUCGAGGAGGAAUAUGUCAAGUCUAAAGAAGACUACAUCCGGGCGAACAGCGAAUGGGAGGCCGAGAAACGCACUCUUAGUCGUGGUGUUAGAUUCCCAAACAUGUCCAUCUCAUAUACCCAAGACGAUGUCCAGGCACUGAAGAAAGAAAAAGAAGAAGGGGAGAAGCGAUUCUCUAAAGAGAUAGAAAAUAGAGACGAUAAACAUGGGAAGGAGUUGAAGGGCUUGUGCAUGCAAAUUGAAUGGAUGAAAGCUCGAUGUUCUCGAGAGGAAAGCAAGAGAGCCGAUUUGGCAUACGCGAAGAAAUAUUUAACCGCGAGAAUUUCUAUGUACGAUGCAUGCAACAGAGCCGAUCUCCGUCUCCUCCGCCAAACAAGCCUAAAUCCCGAACCUGCUCCCGCUCCUAAACCCAAAGCCACCAUCCGCACCGUAGCUCUCCUAAUCAUAGCCAGUGUGCGCAUGCGCAAAGGCGCCGAAGCCUGGGACAUAAACAAGAAAAUGCAUGAGAAGAUUCUCGGCAAAUUGGAGGUUAUGAGGGCGAAUCGGGCCAAGAGAAUUUCCUGCCAGGAAAUGGCAUCAAGAGAAGAAAUUUCACUUCCAAUCUUGGCGAGGAAGGAAAGCUCUGGGUCGCGCCCUACAUCUCGUGCGGGAUCGAGAAACCCAUCGAGGAAUGUAUCGCCUAUCAAAGCAAAUCAAGCACAGCCAAUCGUCAACCCAGCUUUCACGGGCAUUAGGAAGAGCAGUCUCAAAAGCACCGUUAGGGACAUAUUAAAGGAGCAGAAUGAGGGCAUUACAAAUCGAGUCAAUGGGUUGUAG